AUGCUCCCAGAUGAUACUAAACUACCUGAUCAUAUCGAAAAACUAUUAGCAAACAACAAAUAUCUUCAAGCUUUACGCGCCUGCCAAGCCGAAAAACUCGAUACAUCAAGAGUUACGAAACUUGCUCAAGAAUGCGCUACAAACGCCCUUUCAUUCUUCAACAAACGUGAAUAUGAACAAUCUAUCCACUUAUAUAUCGAGACAAUUGGCUUUGUUGACCCAUCAAUCGUUUUAUGGCAUUUUAAUGUUCCUCAUCUUUCAAUUCACCUGACAAACUAUCUGAUUGAACUUCACAAAGAAGGUUUUGCAAAUAAAUCGCAUACAGGACUUCUAUUUUUGCUAUUUAGAAACCACGAUGCAAAGAAUAAACUUGAAGAAUUUAUUAAUCUUCUUCGCGAAGCAAAACAAAAUUCUCAGAAUGACGACGAUAAUCUUCUAAUUAGGAAUUUCGAUGCCGGAGCUGCAAUUGAAUCUUUACUUGAAAAUGAAAUGGAAAAAGAAGCUUUAGAAAUUGCUUGGAUCAUUGAUUCACCACAGCAUAUUGUUUAUUUACUGAUUACAUACCAAAAAGACUAUGUUGCUGCUGCAAAACAUCUACAAAAAUCAUCCAAUUCUGAUAUUGGCCGAAAAAUGUUGAUGGACUUCGGCCCGACUCUAUUAAAGAACGAUGAGAAAACCCACGAGAUUAUUAUACAAGUUGCCAAAGAUAUUUGGACUUCUUCGAGAAAAGGAAAAGAUGAGGACUAUCUAAAGCUUUUCCAAUCCCAGCCUGAGUGCUGCUUUAAAUUCCUCAAGUCAAUAGUCGGAUAUCCACUUCCUUCUGUUUUCGGAACAACUUUAAUCGCAAUGGUCAUUCCAAAGAAAGGAGAAAUCAAAUCCGAGUUCUUCGGGCUUCCUAAAAUAGCCACAGAACAACUUGCCGUCGAAUAUAUCAAGAACGAACGAAUAAAAUACGAUCCAGAUUUCUUAUUAAGAAUCUGUGCAGAAUCGAAGUUCACAAAGGGCAUGAUAUUGAUUCUCGAACUCCAAGGACGUCUCCACGAUAUCACAACUCUUUUAAUUGCUAAUAGAGAAAGUCAAUAUCUGAAAGAAUGGUGUUUACACUGCCAAAAGAUACCUGAUGAGGAUUGGGUUGAAAUAUUCGAAUAUUUCUCGCAACCAGAAGGCUGGAACGCUUUGAUUCAGAACCAGGAAGGUUUGGAUUUCAUGAGAAAGGUUAUAGAAAACGCCUCAAGGACCAUGCCAUUGGCUUCUCUUGUAAAGAACCUUUCAAACAUCCAAACACCGCUAAGUUUGGUCAGAGAUGAGCUAAUUGCGGAAUAUACGAAGAUUCAAAAGGAAAUUGAGAAGCAAAAAGCAUAUAACAAAGAUUUAAGACAAGAACUGAAUGAUAUCGACCAGGAAAUCUUGAAACUCGAAGAAAAAGAUAUUCAGUUCGAUAUGCACGAUGGCUGUUCGAUUUGCAAGCAAAGACUUGAUAAGAACUUCAUCGCAUUUAUGUGCAACCACAUUGUUCAUGAUAAAUGUGCAAAAGAACACAAUGGAGAGUAUUAUUGCCCAAUUUGCGGAUACUGUGAUUCUCCUGAGUAUCCACAGCAACCGGAAAAUGCUAAAUCAUUUACUAUUGAUACCAGCAAACAUGAUUUACUUGAUCAAGCGAUUGAUUUGAUCAAAUCUGGAUUUCUUGAUCAAAAGCUUUAA